AGGCGGGCAGGCUCGGUGGGCUGGGCGGACAGCGAGCGCCCGGGAGCGCGCGGUGGACUCGGCGGCGGCGAGGAGUUUAGUUAGUUGUUAGUCAGUGUCAGUUGCUCGGCGGCGGCGGCGGUCGCGGUCACCGGGAAGGGGACGGGCCGGGCGGCGAUGGUGAUCACCGCGGCGGCGUGGGCGCCCCUCAGGUAUCCGCCUAAGCUGGAGCUUACACUGUAGACAGUUUUUGCAGUUUGUGCAGAAAUCCAAGACAUUGUCCUAGGGCUUCCAGAGAGAGAGCACUGAGUGGAGGGUGAAUUGAACAGUGCCAUUUAUUGGCCUCCAUGGGACUUAUAUUCUGGAAAGGAAUAUUUGUGGCCCAUUCACAAGGAAAGAAAAAGAAACGAGGACACGGUGUCCGGAGUUGACGCGAAUUAAGCCUGUAAACUUUGUGUCUAGCAGAAAAUUGGUUAAGGAAUGAAGUACAAGAAAGGAAAGACGUGUAUCUUGGAAAGAGCCAAAGAACUUUGACAUUUUAAAGGAAUGUAACACGAACGGCUGAAGCCAUCUCUGUCACCAGAAUGGAAGAAGUGCUGCGAAUCUGAACGCUUCAUGGUACUUGGAAGAGCUGCUGGAGCACAAAGGAGAAGCGGAAACUAACCGGUGGAAGUUUGGCCAUGCACUGAAUGGAAAGCCUUGUUGUGAAGUUCCGUUUUUAAACAUGUCUGCUUGUAACACCUUCACUGAACACGUUUGGAAACCCGGUGAAUGCAAGAAUUGCUUUAAACCUAAAAGCUUGCACCAACUGCCCCCAGACUCUGAGAAGGCGCCCGCCACACAUGGCAAUGUGAAAACGAAUGCCAAUCACAGUAAUAACCACCGCAUCAGGAACACCGGAAACUUCCGGCCUCCUGUAGCUAAGAAACCCACGAUAGCGGUGAAGCCCACGAUGAUGGUGGCAGAUGGGCAAAGUGUGUGUGGGGAGCUGAGCAUCCAAGAACACUGUGAGAACAAACCCAUCAUCAUGGGAUGGAACCGAAACAGAACUGCCUCAGGUCAGAAAGCACUUAACAAUAAUAACGAAGAUGAUGUCGAAGGAUUUAGCCCCGUUCCUAAGCCUUAUGGCAGUACCGACAACACGAAAAAGAUGUCCAAUAAUAACAAUGGCCUGACCGAGGUGCUCAAGGACAUCGCGGGCUUGGCGGACUUGGACAGCAGCCCUGAGGUGCGAGGCAGCGAGGCCAACUCCAGGGAGACAUUCCUGGGGCGGAUAAACGACUGCUACAAACGGUCCCUGGAGAGGAAGCUUCCCCCGAGCUGCAUGCUCGCAGGCACCAGGGACGCCCAGGGCAAGCAUGUGGUUCUGAGCGGAAGCACGGAGGUCAUCAGCCACGAGGGCGGUCGGUUCUGCUACCCCGAGCUCUCCAGUGGUGAGGAGAGCGAGGAGGACGUGCUUUUCAGUCCCUUGGAGGAGGAGCGCGAGAGCUGGGACGAAAGUGAUGAGGAGCUGCUGGCCAUGGAGAUCCGCAUGAGGGGCCAGCCUCGCUUCGCCAACUUCAGGGCCAACACGCUGUCUCCCGUCCGCUUCUUCGUGGACAAGAAGUGGAACACAGUCCCCCUGAGAAAUAAGUCCCUGCAGAGGAUCUGCGCCGUCGACUAUGAUGACAGCUACGAUGAAAUCCUGAACGGCUACGAGGAGCGCUCUGUGGCCUCCUAUGGACAGGGCAGCGUCCAGAGCAUGCUGUCCUCCGACUCCACCUCUCCGGAUUCCUCUCUGACAGAAGAAUCCCGUUCCGAGACAGCCAGCAGUUUAUCUCAGAAGAUCUGCAAUGGAGAGUCACUGUCUCCCAGCAACCCAGGACCUCCUGAGGACAUGAGGGAAGCUGAGCCCAGUCCUGAAGCUCUCGCUGGUGGUAACCGUCUGGAGAAGGACCCAUCACAGGCUACCAAAACCCCGGCGAAAGUUCCAGAGACACACAAAGCAGUCCUUGCUCUCCGGUUAGAAGAGAGAGAUGGCAAAAUUGCCGUGCAGACCGAGAAGCAGGAGUGCAAAGCCUCCACGGAGGUGGCAGGGCAGGCCGUGACCAUAAACCUCGUCCCUGCAGAGGAGCAGGCGAAGCCGUACCGGGUGGUGAGUCUGGAACAGCCCCUGUGCAAACCAUACACGGUCGUGGACGUGUCGGCCGCCAUGGCCAGCGAGCACCUCGAGGGCCCUGUUAGCAGCUCCAAGAGCAAAGUUUCCAUGUCCACCCCAAACUCUCCAGUGACAUCUACUGCGCCAACUCCGGGACAAAUAAGUGCCCAUUUCCAGAAAUCCAGUGCAAUCCGAUACCAGGAAGUAUGGACUUCCAGCACCAGUCCACGACAAAAGAUACCCAAAGUAGAGCUCAUUCCCGGUGGAACUGGACCAAAUAUCCCUCCCAGGAAAAACUGUCACAAAUCAGCACCUACAUCACCCACGGCUACAAACGUGUCCUCCAAAACCAUCCCCGUGAAAUCACCUAAUUUGUCUGAAAUAAAAUUUAAUAGUUACAACAAUGCCGGCAUGCCACCUUUCCCCAUCAUCAUCCAUGACGAGCCCACUUACGCUCGGAGUUCCAAAAAUGCCAUCAAAGUCCCCAUUGUCAUCAACCCAAAUGCAUAUGACAAUCUCGCCAUCUACAAAAGUUUUCUGGGAACAAGUGGAGAGCUCUCCGUGAAGGAGAAGACCACAAGUGUGAUAAGCCACACCUACGAAGAAAUAGAAACGGAAAGCCCCUCCACCGCCUCCUCUGAGAAGACCACCAGCAAGCCCAGCGAAUGUCCUCAGGCCAAGGUGUUUUCCAACAGCACAGAGUGCAAAAGGGGCUCUGUGGCCCAGAAGGUGCAGGAGUUUAACAGCUGUCUAAGCAGGGGUCAGUCUUCACCACAGAGAAGCUACGGUUCCAGCCACAGCUCUCCAGCCAAGAUCCCGAGAAGCCCGCGAGAGCCCGGCGCCAAAACAGACGGCGCUGGGGAGGCCCCAGCUGCAGUCACGGUGGCAGGUGGCAGCCGGGAGAAAGCCAGCACGGUGCUCUCUCAGAUAGUCGCCUCCAUCCAGCCCCCACUGUCCCCUCCGGAGGCCCCGCAGGCCAGCCCUAAGGCGUGCAGCAGGGAAGAGCUUGCUGUGGUCGCUCCAGGGGCCGAGACUGCCAAGAGCGCCCCAAAGAGCACGCCGGUCCGGCCCAAAUCUCUCUUCACGGCCCAGCCAAGUGGGGAGACCGAGGCACCUCAGACCCCAGAAAGUCCCACCACCAAAGGACCAAAAGAUCCACCUGCCAAGCCUGUCAUCUCCCCACCCUCCAAAUUAGUGGCGAGCCCCCAGGGUGAGCCCGCGCCGCCCUUCCCUCCACCACGCUCCACUUCCUCCCCUUACCACGCGGGAAACCUGCUGCAGAGGCAUUUCACCAACUGGGCCAAGGCCACCAGCCCCACGCGCUCCACAGAGGCCGAGGCCGUGUUGCCCUCCGAAGGCAGCAGGCGGGCAGCUGACGCGAAGCCCAAACGCUGGAUCUCGUUUAAAAGCUUCUUCCGCCGCCGGAAACCGGAUGAGGACGAUGACAAAGAAAAGGAGCGGGAGAAAGGGAAGCUGGUGGGCCUGGACGGCACGGUCAUCCACAUGCUGCCGCCCCCUCCGGUGCAGCGGCAUCACUGGUUCACAGAAGCCAAAGGAGAGUCCAGCGAGAAGCCGUCCAUCGUCUUCAUGUACAGGUGUGACCCGGGCCAAGGCCAGCUCAGCGUGGAGCAGAGCAAGGCUGGAGCAGACCAGAGGGCCGGUUCAGAGAAGGCUGGGUCGGAGGCUGCUGCGCUGCCACCGGACUCGGAGAAGAAGCAGAGGAGCCAUUCCUCUCCCUCACGGAUGCAUCCUCAGAAACUCCUCAGUCAUGUGACCCAUGAAGCAACAGAAGACUUUUCUCCUCGGGAUGCAAGAAUAGUCGUUGGGAAACAGGAUGGCAGGGACGCCACUUCCGCCACCCCAGCAUUGGCCGUGUCCGAACUGGAAAAAGAAGAGGAAAAGGAAGAUGCCUCAGAUCCCCUGGACGCGAGCUCCUGCUGUGCCACAUACAGCAAUUUAGGGCAAUCCAGAGCGGCCAUGAUACCUCCCAAGCACCCCCGGCAACCCAAGGGAGCCCUGGAGGAUGCCAUUGCCUUUGGAGCGAAAGCAGACCAAGAAGCCCCUCGUGCCUCCCACCCCACACCUCCCCCACUGCCAAAGAAGAUGAUCGUAAGAGCCAACACAGAGCCAAUCCCCAAAGACCUGCAGAAAUCCAUGGAAAGCAGCCUUUGCGUCAUGGCUAAUCCCACCUACGAUAUCGACCCCAACUGGGACGCCAGCAGCGCCGGCUCUUCUGUCAGCUAUGAACUCAAGGGAUUGGACAUUGAGUCUUGUGACUCCUUGGAGAGACCUUUGCACAGAGAGAGACCUGUCCCCUCAGCCACCAACAGCGCCUCCAGCUUGACCACACUCAGUAUUAAGGACAGGUUUUCCAACAGCAUGGAGUCCCUGUCCAGCCGACGGGGCCCCACCUGCAGACAGGGCCGAGGCAUCCAGAAACCACAGAGACAAGCACUUUACCGAGGCCUUGAGAAUCGGGAGGAAGUGGUGGGCAAAAUCCGCAGCCUUCACACAGAUGCCUUGAAGAAACUGGCUGUUAAAUGUGAAGACCUCUUCAUGGCCGGGCAAAAGGACCAGCUUCGUUUUGGAGUGGACAGCUGGUCAGACUUCCGUCUGACCAGCGACAAACCGUGUUGCGAGGCCGGCGAUGCCGUCUACUACACUGCUUCCUAUGCAAAAGAUCCGCUGAACAAUUACGCAGUCAAGAUCUGUAAGAGCAAAGCAAAAGAGUCGCAGCAGUAUUAUCACAGCUUGGCCGUGCGGCAGAGCCUGGCCGUCCACUUCAACAUCCAGCAGGACUGCGGACACUUCCUGGCCGAGGUUCCCAGCCGACUGCUUCCCUGGGAAGACCCCAACGCCCCUGAGAAGGAGGAGGAGGAGGAGGAGGAAGAAGCGGGAGAUGAUGGAGCAGAAGUGAAAGAAGAGAGUCGCGGGCAAGCCCCUGAGCCCAGCCCGGAAUCUGAGUCGGCCCCAAAGGACAGCCAGGGGGUCCCAGGCAGGAGGCAGAGAAGCCACGUGGUGGUCAUUACCCGGGAGGUCCCCCGCCUCACUGUGGCCGAUUUUGUACGGGACUCCCUGGCCCAGCACGGGAAGAGCCCCGACGUGUACGAAAGGCAGGUGUGCCUGCUGCUCCUACAGCUGUGCUCAGGCCUUGAGCACCUCAAACCCUACCACGUGACUCACUGUGACCUCCGCCUGGAGAACCUGCUGCUCGUCCAUUACCAGCCGGGUGCCUCCGCUGAGCCCAGCCCCGCCUCGCCCUGUCCCACACGGCUAAUCGUGAGCAACUUCUCUCAGGCCAAGCAGAAGAGUCACCUGGUGGACCCCGAGAUCCUACGGGAUCAGUCCCGCCUGGCGCCCGAGAUCAUCACAGCCACCCAGUACAAGAAGUGUGAUGAGUUCCAGACAGGCAUCCUCAUCUACGAGAUGCUGCACCUGCCCAACCCCUUCGACGAACACCCAGAGCUGAAGGAGAAAGAAUACACGCGGGCCGACCUGCCGCGCAUCCCGCUGCGCUCACACUACUCCCGUGGCCUGCAGCAGCUGGCCGGCUGCCUCCUGAACCCCAACCCCUCGGAGCGCAUCCUCAUCUCCGACGCAAGAGGCAUCCUGCAGUGUCUGCUCUGGGGCCCCCGGGAAGACCUCUUCCAAACCCUGGCUGCCUCCCCAAGCCCGGCGCAGAGGAAUGCCCUGCUCCAGAACUGGCUGGACAUCAAGCGGACGUUGCUAAUGAUCAAAUUUGCCGAGAAGUCCCUGGACAGGGAGGGCGGGGUGAGCCUCGAGGACUGGCUGUGCGCUCAGUACCUGGCUUUUGCUACCACGGACUCUCUGGGUUGUAUCGUGAAAAUCCUGCAGCACCGUUAGGGGUGGAGCGAGGCCCAGGGCUGCUUUUUUUCUAUAUUUUUCAUAUUCACUAUGUGACCUGCACACUCGCCUCCUUCCCCGUCCCCCUAGUUACUCACGCAGAAUUAAAGGAAAAAAAAAAAAAAAGAAAAGGAAAAGCAGCCAGCUAUAGCCAGCCAGCCCUUCCAUCCCUGUCCAGUGAGCAAACUAGCGCCUUCAGGAAGAUUCCCCACAGCUUGGGGGAGAAGCCGAGUGUGUCCCAAUCCCCCCGCACACACUUGUGCACACACCCGCCCAUGAGGCAUCAUCUCCCUGGCUCUUGGAAGGCGAGAGAUGACAGGCUCGUGCCUUGAAGGGACCGACCAUUCCCCUGGCGCCAACUCAGCAAGCCGUGUCCAGUUCUCCGAGGUGUGUGACAGCGCUUAGCACCAAGGGUUCUAAGUGAGGGACAGAUUGAAGCUGCGCCCACCCUCGUGCCAUCCGCUCUCAUGGC